AUGGAAUUUAAAGAACUGCCCAUCGAGCCACAUGGCAUCAUUUGGCAAGAAAACUUCAUCUCUAUCGAACAUGAGCAAAAGCUCAUCUCCAUCUUCCUCAAUGAGCUAGAAUGGGCCGAUCGCCCUGGUCGAUUAUCACUACACUACGGCUACACAUUCGACUAUAAAACAUUUGAUAUAGACCCCGAAAUCCCAUACAAGGAAUUUCCAGAAUGGUUGCAGCCCCUCAUCCCGACAACCGAAAACCGCCCACCAGACCAAGUCUGUCUGCAGUAUUAUCCUCCAGGCGCAGGCAUCCCCCCUCAUGUAGACGCACACAAACCAUAUGAUCAACUCUACGCCUUGUCACUUGGUGCACCAGCCAUGAUGGUAUUCCGACGGGGCGAGGAGCGCGUCGAAGUUGAUCUGACGCCGCGCAGCAUGAUGCAGAUGAGUGGGGACUCAAGGUUGCAUUGGACUCAUGGCAUCAAGAAGCGCAAAAACGACACUAUGCCUGAUGGGUCCUUGAGGCCGCGCGAGAACAGGUGGAGUAUCACCUAUCGCUGGCUUAGAAAUGGGGAAUGUGAAUGUGGGAAUUUGGACCUGUGUGAUACUGCACAACGGCGUAAUGGAAUGGAGAAGGAGAAGAGGUCUGUGAAGGCGUUGGUUGAGAAAGCUGAGGGUGACGCACCCGUUGCAUAA